AUGAUAGGGAAGGUGUGGUCUGGGCUUGUGGGUCAACAUGCUAAGAGGCAAGAGAUUGAUUUGUUGAAGAAUUUGAACCACAAAAACAUUGUAAAGUAUCUUGGGUCUUCAAAGACAAAAAGUCACCUGCACAUAGUUCUUGAGUACGUGGAGAAUGGCUCACUUGCAAAUAUUAUCAAGCCAAAUAAAUUUGGACCUUUUCCGGAAUCAUUGGUUGCAGUAUAUAUUGCCCAGGGUCUUGUGAAACUUGCUGAUUUUGGUGUUGCUACAAAACUAACAGAGGCUGAUGUUAACACUCAUUCAGUUGUUGGAACACCUUACUGGAUGGCCCCAGAGGUUAUAGAAAUGGCUGGGGUUUGUGCAGCUUCUGACAUUUGGAGUGUUGGCUGUACGGUUAUUGAACUUCUUACAUGUGUACCUCCUUAUUAUGAUUUGCAGCCUAUGCCAGCUCUUUUCCGUAUUGUGCAGGAUGAGCACCCGCCAAUUCCGGAUAGCCUUUCACCUGAUAUUACUGAUUUUCUGCUUCAAUGCUUUAAGAAGGAUUCUAGACAAAGGCCUGAUGCUAAAACUCUACUGUCUCACCCCUGGAUUCAAAACUGUAGACGUGUUCUGCAGUCUUCUCUUCGUCAUAGUGGAACACUAAGAAAUAUAGAGGAAGAUGAUUCUGCAGAAGCAGAAGUUUCUGGUGGUUAUCAUAAGAGUGCUUACGAAAGCUCUUCUAUGGACAAAGAGGACUCUGCAAAAGAGCUUUCAACUGCGUCAGCUCAUGGCAGAAAAUCUCAUGAAGACAGUGCUUCUGAUCCUAAUUUUCCCAAUGAAAGAACAGAGAAAGCUGAUGAUGUUCCAUCAGAUCAGGUUCUUACCUUAGCCAUUCGUGAGAAGUCAUUUCAUCAAACUGGUUCCAGUGAACCCUCUCCUAAUAGAGAAGUGGGUAAUUCCGAUACUACUGGCAAUCAUGAAAUUUCAAAUGAUAAAGACCUUCAUGAAGUUAUGAUGAAUGGAGAAGUUGGAUCACCACAAUCAAGACGAAUGGCUAGUAAGGUUGGAGGAAAAGACAGUUCUAUAAACAAUGGUAACAAAUCAUUUGCUUUUGGGCCAAGAGGUCAAGAUAAUGGUUCCCUCAAGGCAAUGAAGAUGCCAACCACUGUGGAAGGAAAUGAGCUGAGUAGAUUUAGUGACCCACCUGGAGAUGCCUACUUAGAUGAUUUAUUCCAUCCAUUGGAUAAACAACCUGGGGAGGUUGCAGCAGAGGCUUCCACAUCCACAUCUACUUCACAUAUGUCUAAAGGUAAUAUAUCUACAAUUGAUGGUGGGAAAAAUGACCUGGCUAAAGAGUUGAGAGCCACGAUUGCUCGAAAGCAAUGGGAGAAGGAAAGCGAAAUUGGACAGGCAAACAAUGGUGGGAAUCUUUUGCAUCGAGUGAUGAUAGGUGUUCUAAAAGAUGAUGUGAUUGAUAUAGAUGGUUUGGUCUUUGACGAAAAACUUCCUGGAGAGAACCUUUUUCCUUUGCAGCGCAACUUUGUAGAUUGUUUUGUUGUCUACUGGGUUAUGCCUAAUUUUGCUGUUGAGUUCAGCAAACUAGUCGGUUCAUUAAAACCAGAGGAAUCAGAAGAUGUGAUUGUUUCUGCAUGUCAGAAAAUUAUUGGUAUAUUUAACCAACGCCCAGAGCAGAAGAUUGUUUUUGUUACCCAGCAUGGUUUACUUCCUCUAACAGAUUUGCUAGAAGUUCCUAAAACACGAGUCAUAUGUUCUGUGCUUCAGCUUAUAAAUCAAAUAGUUAAAGACAACACUGAUUUUCUAGAAAAUGCAUGUCUUGUUGGAUUGAUUCCUGCAGUCACAAGUUUUGCAGUACCUGAUCGUCCCCGAGAGAUUCGAAUGGAAGCAGCGUAUUUUUUGCAGCAGCUUUGUCAGUCAAGUUCUUUGACAUUACAAAUGUUUAUAGCUUGCCGGGGAAUACCAGUUUUAGUGGGAUUUCUUGAGGCCGAUUAUGCCAAGUACAGGGAGAUGGUUCAUCUGGCUAUUGAUGGCAUGUGGCAGGUAUUUAAGCUUCAGCAGUCAACUCCUAGAAAUGAUUUUUGCCGGAUAGCUGCUAAGAAUGGAAUACUUCUCAGGCUUAUAAAUACUCUUUAUAGCUUAAACGAGUCAUCUCGACUAGCUUCUAGCUCUGCUGGGGGUGGAUUUUCAGUUGAUGGUUCAGCUCAACGCCCACGAUCUGGUAUCUUGGAUCCUACGCACCCCUAUAUCAAUCAGAAUGAGGCUGUACUAUCUUCAGUAGACCAGCAAGAUCCCCCUAAAAUGAGACGUGGAGUACCUGAUCAUCACUCAGAACCUUCACAUCCUUCAUCCUCCAAUCCUCGAAGAUCAGAUGCCAACUACUCCAUGGAUGAUAUUGUGUUUCAAGAGAAGAAUUUAACUCAAACACCCAGAGAAUCUUCAGCAGGUGCAUUGAAAGAGCAAGAGAAUAUGGAUCGUUGGAAAACUGAUCCUUCUCGAGCAGAUGUUGAAUCCAGACAACGGAUGUCUACUAACAGGACAUCAACUGAUAGGCAACCGAAAUCAACAGAACCAUCAUCAAAUGGACUAUCAGUACCAGGAGCCACACACCAAGAACAAGUGAGACCUCUUCUUAGCUUGUUGGACAAAGAGCCCCCAUCUGGACGCUUUUCUGGACAGCUUGAGUAUGUACGACAGUUCUCAGGAUUAGAAAGGCAUGAAAGUGUACUGCCUUUGUUACAUGCCUCUGAAAAGAAAUCAAAUGGUGAACUAGACUUUUUGAUGGCAGAAUUUGCAGAUGUUUCUCAGCGUGGAAGGGAAAAUGGAAAUCUUGACUCAAGUGCUAGAGUGUCUCAUAAAGCCACUCCCAAGAAAUUGGGGACUUUAAGUUCCAGCGAAGGAGCUGCUUCCACAUCUGGGAUUGCAUCACAGACAGCAUCAGGUGUCCUGUCUGGUUCGGGUGUUCUAAAUGCUAGACCUGGUAGUGCUACUUCAUCUGGACUACUUUCCCACAUGGUUUCAUCACUGAAUGCAGAAGUUGCCAGAGAAUAUCUGGAGAAAGUGGCAGAUCUUCUGCUUGAGUUUGCACAAGCAGACACAACAGUGAAAUCAUUUAUGUGUAGCCAAAGCUUGCUCAGUCGUCUUUUCCAGAUGUUUAAUAGGGUGGAGCCUCCUAUUUUGUUGAAGAUACUGAAGUGUAUUAAUCAUCUAUCAACUGAUCCAAAUUGCUUAGAAAAUCUUCAACGUGCGGAAGCAAUAAAAUACUUGAUACCAAAUCUUGAACUCAAAGAAGGGUCUCUUGUAUCAGAGAUACAUCACGAGGUCUUGAAUGCGCUAUUCAAUUUAUGCAAGAUAAAUAAGAGAAGACAAGAGCAAGCAGCUGAAAAUGGAAUCAUUCCCCAUUUGAUGCAAUUCAUCACAUCAAAUUCUCCUUUAAAACAGUAUGCUUUGCCUCUGCUAUGUGACAUGGCUCAUGCAUCUCGCAAUUCAAGGGAGCAGUUAAGGGCUCAUGGUGGUUUGGAUGUCUAUUUGAACCUUCUUGAGGACCAGCUUUGGUCUGUGACAGCAUUAGACUCUAUUGCUGUUUGUUUAGCCCAUGACAAUGAUAAUAGGAAGGUUGAACAAGCACUGCUGAAAAAAGAUGCAGUUCAGAAGCUUGUGAAGUUCUUCCAGUGCUGUCCAGAGCAGCAUUUUGUACACAUAUUGGAGCCAUUCCUGAAAAUCAUCACAAAAUCUGCAAGGAUUAACACGACAUUGGCUGUUAAUGGGUUAACACCAUUGCUCAUUGCAAGGCUAGAUCAUCAGGAUGCUAUAGCUCGUCUUAAUUUACUCAGGCUAAUAAAGGCCGUUUACGAGCAUCACCCUCAGCCCAAGAAGUUGAUCGUGGAGAAUGAUCUACCAGAAAAACUUCAAAACUUAAUAGGGGAACGGAGAGAUGGACAAGUGUUGGUUAAACAGAUGGCUACCUCAUUACUUAAAGCACUACACAUAAACACCGUUUUGUAA